CCUUUACAUCAAGACACAGUAAAGACCAUGGCCUCUAUUAUCACACCAACUUUAUGCCCCUCAGCACUUUCAUCAAAAUUCAUGGUUGUUCUUUUGUUUGGUUUACCUGGGUGUAGGAACAGGACUGUUGUGAAGCAUGUUGCUUCUCAACUUGGGCUGCAUGUGGUUGAGUAUAGUUGUCAUGAUUUACUUGCAUCUUCAGAGAGGAAGGGUUCUUCCAUGUUGGCUCAAGCUUUCAGUGCAGCUCGUAGAUAUGCACCAACUAUUCUUCUGUUGCACCAUUUUGAUGCUUUCAGCAAUUUGAGCUCUAAUGAUGGUUCACAAAAUGAUCAAGUUGGUAUGAAUUCUGAAGUUGCAUCUAUCAUUAGGGAAUUCACCGAGCCAUUUAGACAAGAUGAUGAUUAUGAAGAUGAAGAAGAGGAAGCAGAGCAUAUGAACACGAUUAAAACCCAUCCUGUGCUGCUAGUUGCAGCUGCUGAUAACUCUAAAGGGUUGCAACCUACAAUUAGGCAUUGUUUCAGCCAUCAAAUGAAAAUGGGAGGUUUGACCGAAGACCAGAGAGUGGAAAUGCUAUCCCAGUCACUUCACCUUAUCCAUGAAUUGGUUCCAGAUACUUGUAUAGAGGAUGUUGUAAAAGAUAUGGUUGGACAGACAUUCAGUUUCAUGCCAAGGGAUAUUAAGGCUUUAGGUGCUGAUGCUAGUUCAAGUUUGAUUCCUGUUAAUGGCAGUAGCUUUGAGAAGUUGGGUGACAGCAAAGAAUUCAUGGUCAAAGCUUUGGAGAGGUCAAAGAAAAGGAAUGCAUCGACUUUAGGGACUCCCAAGGUCCCUAAUGUUAAGUGGGAGGAUGUUGGUGGGCUGGAAGAUGUGAAAAAAUCUAUUCUUGAUACAGUUCAGCUCCCCCUUCUUCAUAAAGAUUUGAUUUCAUCUGGGCUAUGUAAGCACUCUGGUGUUCUUCUCUACGGUCCUCCUGAUACAGGGAAAGUGGAUGAGCUGGAAAAGACUAUUUUUGUAGCUGCUAGAGACCCUUCUUUGUAUGGUAUAAAACAAGUGGAGCUUGAAAAGCGAAGGAAGUGGACCACUACUGCUCCGAUUCAGGUGGGAAAUAUUAAGAAAGCAGUGACUGUGACCGUAAGCAGUUCAAACUUUGGUGGGAUGCGCCAAGAAUUAAUGCGGAUGCCAAAGUCUGAUCAGCAGCAGGAUAAGGACAGGACCAGAACCGGAUCAUAUGCUGUUGUAGAUAAUGAUGAUUUUAUUUCUUCAGAAUCAGACAUACAGAUGCUUCUCAUAAGCUAA